AUGGAAGCUUCACCCUUCGCGCGCCUCUCGCCUGAACUCAGGAACCUCAUCUACGAAUAUGCCUUCGCCAGCAAGUAUGCGGUGACUCUUGAACAUAACAGAAUACAGCCCGGUAUCAGUAGGACCUGCCGUCGGAUCCGUGAAGAGUCGUUGACUAUGUACUAUGCUUCAACAACCUUCAAUGCUCAUCUAGAUGAUGGCCCGACAACACCAGUGUCGCGUUGGCUAACCCAUAUUGGCCACUGGCACUCACUACUGCUUCAGAGGCUCCAAAUCUGGGACAUGCACAUGCUAAAUGCCACCCUCCAUGGUCUCGAGGCCACCCAGCUUCUGCUACGGAACGGUGACGAAGAAGGCACGCCGUUGACGCUUGUUCCUACAGGCUCCUGGCUUCUGCAUCAAGGCUGGUACCUCAAAGACAUCAUCAUAGCUUUACGCAAGAUGGAUCUGGAGCUGCGACGGUUUGCCAGAGUCUUGCCGCCUUCCGCGCAGUCAUGGCCAACAUCGCUGUUCGCUAUCACGCCUUCCCCGCGCCCGAGGAAGGAUGAUGUCGAGGGUUGCUACGUCGUGUUGAGAGAUGUUCUGGCGCAUCUUGGUUUCAGUAUCGACAUGAUUGAGGAUGUAACCGAACCAUUACGCCACGCCGGGUGGCCGGUGGCAAACCCUCCUGUGGGAGGUGAGUGGAAGAUCGAAGUGUCGCGCAAGCCACGCAAGUACUAUCUUACCUUCAAGCACAGCGAAUUGCAUACAAUCAGGCAAAGCUUCAAACCGCCUGAAGAUGCUAUGGACGUUGCUGGUUUGUAG